AUGCCAUCUACAAAUUUUAUUCCAAUUUAUGAGGUUAUUCCUCCAGCUCAAGGUCAUUACAAGACGGUUAACAAAUUAUCUGAUCUUUCCUGGAAAGUUCCAAAGGAUGGUUAUGAAAAAUCCAGUGCUUUAAAAAUAAAAAAAUCUUUGGAUUCAAAAAUUGAAACACAAACUUUAUAUUUCACUGAUCUUGAUAGUGGUGUGUCUGGUUUUAUUCAAAUUCUAUAUUCCCAUGUCCUUGGUGGAUUUUAUAGAGGUUUCCAAUUGAAUUUUAAGAUAUUCAGUCAUAAGAAGGAAGUUGCUAAUGAUUUUGAAAUAUGGGAAACUUAUAAAUUGAGUGACAUGGAAUUUGUCAAAUCUGCUAGUAAGAGUGAAAAUUAUGUUUAUUUGGGUGCUAAAGGUAAAAAGACAAGUAUUUCAUUCACUAAAAAUCCAAAGAAGAAGACUAAUACCAAAUAUUAUGCUAAUUUGGAUAUUGAUGUCGAGAUUCCAAAGAAGGAUCUAAUUAUUCACUUGAAAGCUUAUUUAGGUGAUGGGUUCAUGAUUAGUCCAAGCGGUUGUAGUUACUAUUUAGAUAAAGAAAUCAAUUUCAAGGAAGAUACCCUUGCAAACAUUAAGAGAUCUGGUAGAACAUCAGAAAAAUACAUGAGACAUUUAUUUAUGCCAAAUGGUUACUGCGAAGGUCAUAUUGAAUAUUGUAAAGGUGAUGAUUUAUUAGAAAUUAAUUUGGUGAAGGUUCCUGUGGUUUACAUUGAUGCUGUUCAGGGUCUUUUACCUAAUAAAGCUGCACGUAUGUGGAAUUUCUUAUGUUUUAAGAGUAAAUCUUAUACUGUAACUUUAAUGGAGUUCAUCACUACUGAAGAAUAUGGUAGCGUUACUGUUUCUAUUUGGAGUAUAUCAGAAGGUGAUAAAUUGACCUCAAUUGGUUCUCAAAUAGAUAAUGAAAGAAUUGUCAGGUAUAAAGAAGUUGAAGUGGAUAAGGAAACAGGUUGGGAAUAUCCAACCACUGUGAAAUUUGACUUCAUGAAUGGUGAUAAAAUGAAAAUCAAGAAUAUGAAUAUGGUUAACAGAUUUGAUAUUCUAGGUGAACUACCAAGUGCAAUUAGAAAAGCUGCAGAAACUAUUGCCAAUAUAAAACCAUAUUUGUAUCAAUAUUGUCAACAAGCUGAAUUCAGAGGUGAAAAGGGUACAUCUAUUGUUGAAGCCACUUUUAUCAGUUAG